AUGGUAUUCUUGCUGUUACUUUCGGCUUGUUUCUCGUCGACGUUGGCGACAAUUAAAUGUCGUACGAGUCAGGGUGGCAUAUUUGCGGAAUGUUAUACUGGAUGGUGCAAGACGUUUAUUAAUACGGAGGGAAAGAUGGAACUUGGCUGCGAUAUCGGUGGUGACUGCGCGAAACUUAUGGGCCCAUAUUCGCAACAACAUCAGGCCCUCGAAGACCGUUGUCGCAGCUUUUCCGGCCGCACGUUUUGCUGCUGUAAUUACGACCUAUGCAACGUGGUCCCCAACGGCAGUCCCACCGCCACGGCCCCCAUUUUUGGUCUGAUGUUAUUGAUAUAUUCACUAUGG